CUUUCACCUGCGCUCACACUUGCGAGCCACCCGAACAAAGCCACUUCUACCGCGACGUCUGCAAUGCAACCGAUAUCCACGAGUAUAUAACCCAGCCUCCUCACCUCAGACACCACCACCUCCAAUCCUCAUCCUCAUCCUCACCCCACUUCCAAACAACCACACCCACACCCACAAUGACCACCCCCGACCAACAAACCGAAGACCAAGACUACGUAACCCUCGUCUCCGGCGACGGCUUCGAGUUCGUCCUCGCGCGCUCCACGGCGUGCAUCUCCAAGACGCUGUCCAUGAUGUUCGACCCGCUGAGCAAGUUCUCCGAGGCCCUGACCGGCCGCUGCGUGCUCGAGAACAUCAGCGGCGAGGUGCUCGAGAAGGUCUGCGAGUACCUGUGCUACAAUGAGAAGAAUAAGAACCAGACCAACGUCCCGGACAUGGAGAUCCCGCCCGAGCUGUGUCUGGAGUUGUUGAUGGCGGCGGAUUAUCUGGAUGUUUGAUUCCGAUCCCUUAGGGUGUGAACUGCUGCUGCUGUGGGCUUUUGUGGUGGCGUUGAGAGGGUGGUUUCGAUUUUACAAACUUUUUCUUUUCCCUUCUUUCCGAUUGACGAUUUACGUGAAGACGAUCCAGACUUUUUGAAUCUUGUUUGUACCUAUGUUGGAGUCGGGGUUAUGUUUUUGCUGGGUGGACGGAUACAAUAGAGUGGCGUUUUUGAGGGCAAUAUAGAUAUACCAAGG